CUGGAGGGGUUUAGGUGCGUCUCCCGUUGGAUUUUCGUUGUCUUUUGUAAGUCCUUCCUCUAAUCAGUUCUUGUUCAGGCAGAGGCGGGGAGGGGGAGAGUUCUUUGCGAGUCAGAUAGGCUGUGUCCUGUGCCAGGGUUCCCCAAGAACACAGAGGUGAGAGGUAACAAGUCUCCUGGAAAUCUCUGGUAAUCAUUAAGUGAUUGCUGUUGAAAUUCACUGUUGGAGAUGCCUGUAUUCAUAAUUAACUUUCAGCAUUAGCAAACUGCAGUGCCACUUACCAUAUUUACCCAAAUCCAAGAUGACUCCAACUUCUUAAUUCUCCAAUCAUUAGAUUUUCUACGUGGAAAAAUUAUAAAGUUUUGUUCCAGUGUCCAAUGGAAAGAAUUGGAGGUUGUCUUAAACUGUGCCCCCUGCCCCUUGGCCUCCUGUACCUUGCCCCUGAUGUGUGUGCCCCUGCUACAUGCCGCUCCCCCCACCUCCAAGCCUGUUUUCUUUUGACAGUGGAUAAAGGUGUAUCUUUUUCUCGUUUAACUUUUUUCCUUUUAUUCUGUUACAGAUCCAUUUUUCCCCCUCUCUUUUCUGGUGAACAGUUGGUUUCCUGGAAUGCUAGAUGACUUCUUCCAGUCAUUGUUCUUGUGUGCACUGUUACUGUUCUGGCUCUGCGUCUACCAUGGGAUAAGAGUGCAGGGAGAAAGAAAAUGUUUAACUUUUUAUCUUCCCAAAUUUUUUAUUGUUGGGCUGUUGUGGUUGGCCUCGGUCACAUUAGGAAUAUGGCAGACUAUUAAUGAGCUACAUGACCCAACAUACCAGUACAGGGUUGACACCGGUAACUUUCAGGGUAUGAAAGUCUUCUUCCUUGUGGUGGCAGCCAUAUACAUUUUGUACCUUUUGUUCCUGAUAGUGAGGGCAUGUUCAGAACUUCGUAAUAUGCCUUAUAUUGAUCUCAGGUUAAAAUUCUUGACUGCAUUGACCUUUGUAGUACUUGUCAUUAGCAUCGUUAUACUUUAUCUGCGCUUUGGUGCACAAGUACUACAGGACAACUUUGUAGCAGAGCUGUCAACUCAUUAUCAGAAUUCAGCAGAAUUCUUAUCAUUCUAUGGUUUGUUGAACUUCUAUCUCUACACACUAGCCUUCGUGUAUUCCCCAUCAAAGAAUGCACUAUAUGAGUCACAAUUGAAAGACAAUCCUGCCUUUUCUAUGCUGAAUGAUUCAGAUGAUGAUGUGAUUUAUGGGAGUGACUAUGAAGAAAUGCCGCUCCAGAAUGGCCAAGCCAUUAGAGCCAAGUACAAAGAAGAGUCGGAUAGUGAUUGAAUUCACGUGGAUGAACUCGUUCAGUAGAAAUGAAAGCAAUUUUUAUUUUUUUCCCCAUAUCCCAAGGAAGGACAUCUUGCUUAUUUCUGUUUACAGAGUUAAAACUGAAGGAGAAAAAAUGGAAAUGCUUGAAAAGGUGUGCUACAAAACCCAAACUUUUUACACUAGAAAAUGUCUUGUAAAAGCACAUCCUUGGAGAACAGACUGUGGAAACAAGGGGGCUUUUGCAGUUUAGUACCAUCUUGGAGUAGUGUUUAUGUUGAUUUAAAACUGCUCCCUUACUUAUUUUUAGAGGAAUACAUGCAGCCUAAUCUGUUCACACUUUUAUGCAACUUGUUCUAGCUGCAAUGUACAAUGCCCACUAAAAAUUGAAGUGCCUCUUCUUCCUUUUCUCUAACUCACUUGAAUCGGAGGUGGAGAAUGACAUGUUUUCCAUUGGGUUCUGAGAAACCAUAAUCUUUCCUGCUUCUCCUUUGAGGAGCAACAUUCAGGGUUUGUUUGUUUUGUUUUUUUUUUUUAGUGGCCAGUAGCAUAAUAGGCUUAAAUACCUAUUUUUAGGUGUUCAUAAAAUGGAUUUUGCCAAGCAGUUAAUUUAAUGAGUAAUACAAGUACAAACAUUCAAGUUCUUUUGCACCAAAAAUACAUAACCCGAAUGUUAUAUAACAAGUAGUGUGCAAUUAUUUAAGGGGCAGGUUACUUCAGACCCUUCACCAAAUUAAAAUGAGUCAAAAUAUAUAGAUUAAAAUGUUCAUACUUCAGAGGGAAACAGUACUGCUGUCUUUCUGUGUAUGUGUUUGGGGGGGGUAAUGUAUGUGUGUUCUGCAAAGCAUACAGGAUAAAAUGUCCUAUUUUAACACACACAUUCUUUUAAGCUUUGGAUCUUUUUUCUAAGCUGGCAUUUUGUUAAAAACAGUUGCUCUGUGUUGCAGAAAGUUGCUUUUGCUGAUGUGUUGAAUGUAUGUGAAAGAGUCUGCUUUACAUUUUCAGCAUAUGGAUCAAUCUGCUCUUUCAGCCACAACUAAACAGCAACACAUGCUAUUGCUGUGUGUGAUUAUUAGCAAUUAUCCUUUUCCAGUCUGUGCUGGAAGAGUGAGGUGCAGAACUUCUAAGCAUUUACUAGAAUGUUGCUCCUCUUGACACUUUAAGAAGAUAUUUCCCAGUGUUCCCACUACAAUGGAGCUUUGUCUUUAAAGAGAAGCUGCCAAUUUCCAGUAACAUUUAAAGAAGCUAUUUCCAGAUACUGCACCUGUCAGUCUUUAGGUUUUGUGGUUUCACAAUCAGUUUUCUUCUCCAAAUUAUGUCUCCCUUUGCUGUGGCAGACCCACAUAAACCAGGAAAACUGACAGACCAUAUAAGACAUGCCAUUAUGCUGGCUUGUAUAGAGAGACCCAUCUACAAAGGGGAUUGAACUCUGACUUUAAUCCACUUCAAUUACGAAUUCGGUAUGUCCAUGGGACCUCUUUGUGCCGUGUUAAGAACCACUGCAAUUUGUCUUCUGAGCAUUCAUAACAGCUGUUCUAAAAGCAAAAUUCUCUAGUACAGACCACAGCCAAGAGAAGAACAAAGUAUUGCCAUGUGGACAAAGUAAUCCAACUCGUAUUUUAAGAGCACCAGGUGUGUUUGUAACAUUACAUGGAAAAAUUGUGGCAAAUUUAAUAUUUAAGCUGUCUUGUAAACUGCAGUGGCUAUUACAUCUUGCACUCCUUUAAAAAAAAAAAAAAAAAAAAA